AGUCUGCCCAUUUUAUCAUCAAAUUCUGGCCGAAUUCAUCGAGUUCAGAGAUCGAGGCUUUUUUAAAUUGGAAUAUGCUCUAAGGGUGUUUGGCCAAGUUUAAAAAAGUGUAUCUACUAAACAUUCUUGCCGUGAAUUGAAUAUGUACACUACGAAAUUGCCAGUAAAUAAGUUUACCUCAAACAAAUAUUAAUUGUUUAUUCUCAAAUACGUCUCGUCCACUUUUCAAUAUUAAAUAAGUACUUGAUAUUUUUUAUGCUUUUUACAAAAUUCAUUUCCCUGUUUUACGAACAGCCUGUAUAUCUAUGUGGAAGGAACUAGUAAUAUUAUAAGACAAUCCCAUUGACGUUACAUCCGAUCAAUGGACCCGUGUUUAUUGACACGACACUACGUUACAAGGUAUGUCUACACUUUUUUUUUACAUUAUCAGCUAAGUUAAUGCAAAACCUAUUUCUACUUUAUUUCUUCCCUUAGCAACCUGUCAAUUAUUUGUGCAACUAUAAGACCUGGUCUACACCUAAAUAAAAAAAAAACAUUUUUUUUUUAAUUAAAAAUAAUUAAGAAAAUCGUGGCUCUUUGUCAUUUCAAGUCCAUUUUAAAUGGAUACUGAAUAUAAAUUUUAUAAACCGGGACACCGUUUGUACGACUAAUUUAAAGAAAGAAGGAAAAAUCACUUGGUAGAACAUAAAUCGAAACAACCAAAUUUUUGCGACGGAUCGCAUAGCUGCAUAGGUACCUGCCAAGACAUUACAAUUCACAAAUAUCCUACAUAACCGUUCAUUAGACGUUUGAUGCGUAAUGUAAUUAGCUUAAACCAAAAAAAUAAUGAAUCACACCAAAUUUCACCAUCAUAAUUACAUUUCCAACCAAUAUAAUUGCUAAAGUAUGCGACAAUCACUCAUUAUCGAAUGAAAUAACGACGUCAUGUUCGCCAACAUUCUUCAUUAAGUUCAGUUAAUGAUUCCAAUAUAAAAAGGUAGGUAUAGAAUUCGCUUGAACUGUUUUAAGUCAUUCUAGUUGAAACGAUGGCGCGUUCUACAUUGUCCUUGAUCCUAGCUCUGAGUUUGUUCGCUAACGCGUUCUCCGUGCCAUACGACUCGAGGCCACAGAGAGAUGUUAUUGACAACGAAAUUAACAACAAAGAAACACAGAAAAGCACAACAACAGCAGACCAGAGUCUGGACAGUUUUGAUGACAACGACAAUGAUUUCGAAGAAGACUUCGCGGAUCCAUUGCAGACUUCAGCGUCUUCCGGCGGGAGCAACAUAUUCAGCUUGCUGAAAUUAGCAACGGCCUUUUUGCCUAGUGCGAGUGGCUCCAGUGGAUCAGGUGGAUCCAGUUCUGCUAACACCAGAGCUGAAACAAGUGUUUCACCACUGUGGACCCUCAAGCUGGACAUUCUGAAGGCGGUCUUGCAUUUCGGGACCAGCAUUUUGGGACUCUCUUCAUCUACAUCUAGUGAAGCUUCUGCGUCAUAGUUACGCUUACUAAUAAAUUAAUUCUUGCAGUAUUGUCAUUUUGUUAGAGGUAUAAACUUUAGCGAACCUAUUUCUUGAUAACGAGAAAUUAAAAAUGAAGAAUCUUAAAUGUGAAAUAAUCAAUGCUGUAUGCUUUAAAUCAUUAAAUAAUAUUUGAUAAUUC